AUGGCCGCUACAUCUCAACCUAUCGCUUUCCAGUCUCCUAACCAUCCUGAUUUCCACAUGGCAUCAGGUUCAUUCACCGGUACAAACAAUACUAGGCCUUACUUUCUAGGUUCUCCGAUAUCAUGGCGUGCUGGUUCAUUCGGCAGCCGUUUCUAUCCCGGUUGUUCACCUGGUCAACUUCUGGGUCCAUUAGAUCCUUAUGAAUUCAAGGAGGACGAAUUGUGCCGCAACUACACAUGUUGUGGUUUACAGUUAGAUGACCUGCAUGCUCUGCUACAGCAUUUCGAGGAGGUUCACGUUGUCGUACUUGACCAAUUUGGUCACCCUCAGUUCCCAGUCGUUCCUCCUCUACCCCAAUCUAUUCGCGAUGCAACUGCUUCCUAUUUCUCCGAACUUCAUCAGCACCCUACAUGUUACAAUCAAGGUGGCUUCGACCCUGAUGACAUGGAACUUGACGUUGAUCAGGGUAGCACACCUUCCUCAAACGCGCCAUCUCCCCCUGACACUCCUCUUACCACCCCACUGUCGUCACACCCUACUCAUUCGUUUAACCACUUUGGUCAGUCGAAGCCUACCUCUCCGCAUCUUCCCGUGUCGGCAUUUGAUACGACAACGGUCCUCCCCUCCCGCUCCAUUCACGGCUCUGCAUUCCCACCAUCCCGGAACGGUCUCCCAAAUGUGGCAAAUGCCCCCGAUGCAUUUAAUGGUUACGCGGGCUACUCCGACUAUUCAUCCUCAAUGCCUGGCACUGUUCCUUCCCCACCCGCGAGCGAUGAUGUUCAUUCACCUGUCUCACCUGUCAGUGAGCUGGGUAGUCCCUACGGUUGUCUUCCUCCAGCCGUAGUAUUCUCCACGAGCAAUACUCCCAUUAACACCCCUUCAGCCUCCCGCGUUCCGUCACCAGCAAGCGCCUCGCGCCACCCCGCGCCCUCCGCGGCUGCGCCUAAUUCGUCGGCGUCCUCGGAUUCCCUUGCUUCUUCUAAAGCUUUCACAUCACAACAAGCCAAUCAGCGUGCUAGUACCACGCUCUCUCGCCCUGCAUCAUCAUUACUACUAUCGAAGCCCUUCCGCUGCCCUAAGCCAAAUUGUAACAAGAGCUACAAGCAAGCUAAUGGGCUCAAAUAUCACAUGACCCACGGCAGCUGUAACUUUGCACCACCCAAAGACCUCGAGCAAGUACAAGCGCUGCUGGCUAGCAAGCGCUCCGCUCGUGAGGCUGCUGGGCAGGAAGAUCAGGGCAUCACAGAGGGUGAGAUGCGCGAAGUCGAACGGGAGGCAGAACGCAGGCUGCGGCCCUUUGCUUGUGGUCACUCGGGUGACCAUGGUGCAAUUGGCUUGGCUCUUCUGGCUAGUGGACAGCACGAAUGCCUGCAACACGCCCACGGACGGAGUAGUGCCGCAAGCUCGCGGCAUUCAACACCAGUGGCGAGUGGCCACUCGACGCCAGUGAGCGGACACUCGACACCGACAUAUGCUCAGCAAUAUCAGCAGCAGAUGCUUUACUCGUCCGCACAGCAGCAGUAUUUGCGCCAGCAGCAGGCUCUACAAGCACAAGUGCAGAUAGGCUAUCACGGAGUCGCUGCCGAAGCUGUUCUUGUUGCCCAACACUGA